AUGAAUUCCAGAAGGGACAUCCGGAACAACAGAACUGCACUUUUUGAUGGAAUUGAGGAGGGUGGUAUCAGGGCUUCUGCUUCUUACUCCCAUGAAAUUGACGAGCAAGAUAAUGAAAGUGCUCUUGAUGGUUUGCAAGACAGAGUCAGUCUCCUGAAGCGGCUAUCUGGUGAUAUAAAUGAAGAGGUGGAAGGCCACAACCGCAUGCUAGACAGAAUGGGCAACGAUAUGGAUUCAUCCCGAGGAGUCCUAUCAGGAACAAUGGACCGUUUCAAGAUGGUGUUUGAAACAAAAUCAAGCAGGAGAAUGCUCACCCUAGUCGCAUCUUUUGUGGCAGUAUUCCUCAUUGUAUACUAUCUUACUAGGUGA